AUGACGCGGGAACGGCUGCGUGCGCAUGCGGCUGCGUGUCCUCGCGGUCGCAGCGAAACGCGCGGCCCCGGACGGGUCGGUACGGUCGGUGCGAGAACGCACGGCGUACCGAUCGCACAGCAAGUGACGACCAGACGGCACACCAGAAGAAGACUACUUCCUACGACCAUGCACGUAUGGUUCUACGCGUUCGCUGUGUUGGCGAUUUCGCACGGUGCCAUGAAAGUCGCCAGCACCGACAGCAACGGGGUGUCGCGUACGAAAGUGACCGCAGUGAUCGGGAUCGGUGCGGAGCAAUCGCACCACAUCACCGGCCACUACAAUCAGCCCCCGCAGCAGGAUGCCGUCACCGAGGUGUCGCCGGAACCGCGGAUAGGCGGGACGGCAGUGCUGGCUGACGGCAAUAGUGUAAGCAGCAGUGAUACCAACGAGUACGAAGAGUACGUCGCCGGGAAGGGGAGCGUCGACGAGGCGGUGGAAGACGAACUAGCGGAGCCGGAGCUGGAUAACGCGCUCGGGGACAGCGAGCCGGACGCGGUAGACGAUGGUGACAGCUCCAGCAGGCCCGAUCCUAAAACACUAGUCGAGAUAGAGAAGAAUCUCUUGAGCCUGUUCGGGUUUCCUAAUCGACCAAAAAUCGAUAGAUCUAAGGUGGUGAUACCGGAGGCGAUGAAGCAGCUGUACGCGCAGAUCAUGGGCCACGAUCUGGUCGACUCCGUCAGUGUACCAAAGGAAGGACUCAACACGCGCAACGCCAACACGGUGCGAAGUUUCACGCACGAAGAAAGUCAUAUAGACGAGCGGUUCCAGCACCAUCAUCGCUUUCGGCUACUGUUCAACGUAACGAGUAUUCCGAGAGGCGAGAAGCUGCGGGCCGCCGAACUCACGCUUACGCGCGACGGUAUCGCACACAAGAGCGGUCGGCCACUGGCAAGACCACCGCUCCAGUACACGGUACUAGUGUACGACAUUGUCCGGCCGGGUGUGAAAGGUAAGCGAGCGCCCGCCUUCCUGCUGGUCGACACGAAAACGCUCGCCGUCAACGAGUCCGGCACGGCCAGCUUCGAUGUGAUGCCGGCCGUGGAACGGUGGCUAAGGCAACCGCGCAAAAACCACGGCCUCUUCGUGCAGGUGACGAGCCGCGGGCGUGGUGCCGCCCCCCACAGCCGGCAGCGCCGCAGCGUCCCGGCCGCCCCGGUCCACGAGCACGUCCGGUUGCGGCGGAAUGUGGCCGAACGGCACGACACCUGGGUGCAGAAGCAACCGCUACUGUUCACGUACACCGACGACGGUCGGCACAAGCAGCGGCCGAUACGGGACGCGAUCAGUAGCGCGAACCGGGCACGGCGCGCGUCAGCGAAGCGCAGCAGCCGGAGGAAAAACGAACUCUGCCAGCGGAAGCCACUGUACGUGGACUUUAGCGAUGUGGGCUGGAACGACUGGAUUGUGGCACCGCCCGGGUACGAGGCGUACUUCUGCCAGGGUGACUGCCGCUUCCCGAUAGCGGACCAUCUGAACACGACGAAUCACGCGAUCGUGCAGACGCUGGUCAACUCCUACAAUCCGACGCUCGCACCGAAGGCAUGCUGCGUACCGACGCAGCUGUCCUCCAUCUCAAUGCUGUAUCUGAACGAGCAGAACAAGGUAGUGUUGAAGAACUACCAGGACAUGACGGUCGUCGGUUGUGGCUGCCGGUGA